AAUGCCAGUAAGAAAAUGAACCUCAGACAUGGUGACUUAUAUGUCCUUUGAUAAUAAAUUUACUUUGACCUUUGAGUUGAACUCUGUGGAAAGGUUGUGACUGCCAAUGGAGAGGAUGCAGGAACCAGAUCAGACCCUCUGUUCUGUAUCCACCGGUCCCCACAGAAAAUACCACCUUUAAAAUUCCAAUGGGUAAAAAAUGAAAUAUAGCUGCUCUCUAACUUCCCUUCGAGUCAAAGAAAAUGCUGAAGAUGUUUUCCAAGCUCCAAGCAGUUGCUUUGAUUCUGAUUUCCAAAGGAUUUUUCUGCUUUUCACAUGGUGAAAGUAACUUUGGCAAGAAGGAGAUCAAAAUUGAAGGGGACCUGGUUUUGGGGGGUCUGUUUCCCGUGCACGAGAAAGGCUCAGGAACAGAAGAGUGCGGCAGAAUCAACGAAGAUCGGGGAAUCCAACGUCUGGAAGCCAUGCUUUUCGCUAUCGAUGCAAUAAAUCACAACACCUACUUGUUGCCAGGAGUGAAGCUCGGAGUUCACAUAUUGGAUACGUGCUCAAGAGACACAUAUGCCUUGGAGCAAUCACUGGAAUUUGUGAGAGCCUCCUUGACAAAAGUAGAUGAAACAGAAUAUAUUUGUCCAGAUGGAUCAUAUGCAGUUCAGGACAAUAAUCCCUUAGCCAUUGCAGGUGUGAUUGGCGGCUCGUACAGUAGUGUUUCUAUACAGGUUGCAAAUUUGCUAAGACUCUUCCAAAUCCCUCAGAUCAGCUAUGCUUCGACAAGUGCAAAACUCAGUGACAAAAGCCGCUACGAUUACUUUGCAAGAACGGUCCCUCCCGAUUUUUAUCAAGCUAAAGCCAUGGCAGAGAUCUUGCAGUUCUUCAACUGGACCUAUGUGUCAACCGUCGCCUCUGACGGUGACUAUGGAGAGACGGGAAUUGAAGCCUUUGAGCACGAAGCAAGGCUUCGAAAUAUAUGCAUUGCCACAUCAGAGAAAGUAGGCCGGUCAACCACAAAGAAAACCUACGAUGGCGUCAUCCACCAGCUUCUCACCAAAGCCAAUGCAAAUAUCGUGGUCCUAUUUACACGUGGCGAUGACGCCAGGGAGCUUCUCGCUGCUGCCAGUCGGUUGAACAUCUCGGGAUUCACUUGGAUUGCCAGCGAUGGAUGGGGAGCCCAGGAAAUUGUUGUCAAGGGAAAUGAGCAGGUUGCCAAUGGCGCAAUCACUCUAGAACUAGCUUCCUACCCCAUCAAGGAGUUUGAUAAAUACUUCCACAGCCUCCAUCCCCACACCAACAAACGCAACCCUUGGUUUAAGGCGUUCUGGCAACAGAAGUUUCAUUGUCUACUCCAAGGUGGCCGGUCACGUCAGAAGUUAUGUGACAAGAGGCUCUCGAUCAACAGCUCCAACUAUGAACAAGAGACCAAAAUUAUGUUUGUGGUCAAUGCAGUCUACUCGAUGGCUCAUGCCAUUCACAAGAUGCAGCGAAUGUUGUGUCCAAAUACUACCAGACUCUGCAAUGCUAUUUUACCACUGGACGGAAAGAAAAUGUACAAAGAAUACCUGCUUAAGGCUAACUUCAGUGCCCCUUUCCACCCCACGGGCGAUGCAGACAGUGAGAUCAAGUUUGACGAAAAUGGAGACGGGAUGGGUCGCUACAACGUGUUCAACUUCCAGAAGCGGGCGGGCAAGUACACGUACGUCAGGGUCGGCCAGUGGGCCAACUCUCUGUCGCUGAACACAGAUCUGAUACACUGGCCCAAACGCUACAUCCCCACCUCACAGUGCAGCGACCCGUGCGCCCCAAACGAAGCCAAGAACAUGCAGCCCGGUGACGUCUGCUGCUGGAUCUGCGUCCCCUGCGACCCUUACGCCUACCUGGAGGACGAGUUCACCUGCAAGGACUGUGGUCCAGGUCGGUGGCCCAACGAGGACCUGACGGGCUGCUACGACCUACCAGAGGAGUACAUCAGGUGGACGGACGGGUGGGCCAUCGGGCCAAUCACCAUCUCUUGCGCUGGGAUUGUCACCACCCUCAUGGUCGCCUCCGUCUUUAUAAAGCACAACAACACACCUCUUGUCAGAGCUUCGGGCCGCGAGCUCUGCUACAUUUUGCUCUUCGGGGUCUUCUUUUCCUACUGUAUGACCUUUUUCUUCAUUGCCAGGCCCUCGCGCGCCAUAUGCACCCUGCGCCGUCUGGGACUGGGCACGUCUUUUGCCGUGUGUUACUCUGCCUUGCUUACCAAGACCAACCGCAUUGCCAGGAUAUUCAACGGGGUGCAGGAAGGUACCCAGAGGCCGAGGUUCAUCAGUCCCAGCUCGCAAGUCUUCAUCUGCAUGAGCCUAAUCUUGGUCCAAAUUGUCAUGGUGUCGGUGUGGCUUGUGUUGGAGACUCCAGGAACCAGAAGGUACACUGUUCCUGAAAGAAGAGAGACAGUCAUUCUGAAAUGUAACGUGAAAGAUUCCAGUAUGCUAAUGUCACUGGCCUAUGACGUGGUGCUGGUGAUUCUCUGUACGGUGUACGCCUUUAAAACACGAAAAUGUCCUGAAAAUUUCAACGAAGCAAAGUUUAUUGGAUUUACCAUGUACACGACGUGCAUCAUCUGGCUGGCUUUCCUCCCCAUAUUCUACGUGACUUCCAGCGAUUACAGGGUUCAGACCACGACAAUGUGCAUCUCAGUCAGCCUGAGUGGCUUUGUGGUGCUGGGCUGCCUCUUUGCACCCAAGGUCCAUAUUAUCGUGUUCCAGCCCCAGAAGAACGUGACCAGCCACAGACUCACCAUGAACAGGUUCAGUGUCAGCGGGACGGUCACGAGCCACUCUCACUUUGGAGUAACCUGCCCCGAUACUGUUGCUUUACAGUGUCUGCCAGCGCUCACUACGUCCCAGCAGUCUGCAAUGGACGGGAAAUUCUGGACUCCACCACCUCGUCUUUAUGAAGCCGGUAUCCAAUCCAACCCCAUGUCUCCUGUCACAAUCACACGGGUGACACACCCUGGCUACAGUAACUUUUGUAGAGACAGUAUUAAGAUAUUUUUAAGGGCUGUAAGUAACUAGACCAUAGUUGGGUUUUCUGGUUAAUAUUUUAUCUUGUAAAUAACUUAUUUACAUAAAUUGUUAUAAAUUAAGGCAGGUACUGUAUGAAAAUAUGACCAACUGAUUAUUCUAACAUUUUGAGGUUCUACAACUGUCUGUGAUGUAUUUACAGUAGAUUGCAUAGUAAUUUUUAAGUUGUAUAUAGUUAUAACACGUAACAUGGUUUUAACAGCACAAGACAAUGAAUACGUCAAUGUAAAAUAAACUGAAUAAAAAUCUCUGAC